CUCCCGGCAUGCCUCUCUUCGCCUGAUAAGACGCUCACCCCGGGGAAUCCCCAGGCCGCUGAAAUUCCCCUUCAUGGCAUCCUCGGCCGGGCCGGCUGCUUGAGUUUCUCGGUCCCCUUGGCGGAUUUUGGGGGCCCGGCCUCCGCGAUGGCCCCUCUGCCCGUAGUGAGGGCUCCUCUGUAGGCCCGUCCCGAGCCAUGGCCUUCGUCCAGGGACAGCCCGGCCAGGGCGGCCCCCGAGAGCCCAAGAGGCUGGAGGCAGGGGGCGAGGAAUGGUGCGACAGCGGCCUGGGCUCGCUCAGCGAAGGGCAGCUGGUCCAACUCCAGGAGGAUGGAGGCCUGGGGGUCCCUGAGGGGGUCCCUGGGGGCUGCCCUUUGACCUCUGACCCCAGAGCCCCCCAGAAGUCCCUGGAAGUGGAGGAGGAGGAGGAGGGGCGCCUGGACUCGGCCCUGGGGGGCGACGAGGAGGUGGGAGACCUGGUGGAAGGAGUGGGGGGCGUCCACCUCCAGAGCCAGGUGGGCCCCGAGGCUUGGCUGCGCCACGUCUUGGGCUUCGUCACGGAGGAUGGAGACACAGCUCUUCACCUGGCGGUGAUCCAUGAACAUGAAGCUUUCCUGGAUUCUAUUCUGCAGUACACCCACGGAACCGAUUACCUGGAUAUUCAGAAUGAUCUUGGCCAGACUGCACUUCACAUCGCUGUCAUCCUCGGGGCAUCCGGCUUUGUUGGCAAACUGGUGUCGGCAGGAGCCGGGCUGGGCGUCCAAGAGAAAGGAGGCCAUACGGCCCUGCACUUGGCGUGCCGAGAAGGGUGGCGGGAUUGUGCCGAACAGCUGCUGGCGCCGCUCACCGUCCAAAGGCCCUGUCAGCGCAACCGUUUCCAGGCCCAACUGGACUGCACCAAUUAUGAUGGUUACAUCCCCCUGCAUGUGGCCAUUCUACGGAAAGAUUUGGGCAUGGUGAGCCUCUUAAUCUCUGCAGGAUCAGAUCUCAACAAACCGGAGCUAAGUUGUGGCCGGAGUCCUCUCCACCUCGCGGUGGAAUCCCAGAGCCCCGAAGUAGUGGAGUGCCUCUUGCGCGCAGGAGCUGACACAGAGGCACGCAUGUACGUGGGCUACACGCCCAUGUACAGCGCCGUGCACCGUCCUGACCAAAAAAUCCCGCAGCUCUUACGGGAAUUCGGUUCCGAGGAGCCGGAGUGGGAUUCUGAGGAAAGUGUGGACAGUAACAGCGAGGAAGAAUACGAUGACAUUGUGAUUAAUUGUGGCCACUAGAGGGGAGCCCAGGAGCCCUUUUGCCCCACGCCGGACUCCACGGAAAGUGCCCUCUGGUGGAUUAUCUGGCUAGGAUAAUCUCUGUAGCAACUGCAUCUUCACUGUGAGCUAGAUGUGAAAAAUUUAUUUAUAAAGGCCGGGACGAAAGGGGAAGCGGCCUCACCCAGCCCGGAAGCCGCCUCCCCAGGUGGCCCCAUUCCGAUGCGUACCCUCCGUUUCUUCUGUCCUUCUUCCGGAAUUGGAUGUCUCCUUGUCUUUGAUGUCUCCUUGUCUCUUGCCCGCCUUGAUGUUUCAGAAAUCAGUAGAUUUGGGUUUGCGUUGUUAUUAGCAAGUGGCUGGCGUGUGUCCUGAGCACAGCCUAGUUGUGAAAAGGCCUCGUCCAUCUCUUUCUGGAGCACCCCUCCCCCCUGUUUCCCAGGAAUGCUCAUGGUCAGAUUCGGGGGUGUCCCUCCCUUCUUAACGUUGGAUCCCGGUCCGUGGAUCUUGUUCUGGAGAGCUGGAUGGUCUGGGGCUCUUGGGGUGGGUUCCCGCCUCUCGCGGUUUGGAGAGUUGGGAGAACUGCCAAGCGCCAACAGCCAGAUCCACAGGUGAAGAGUUCAGUUAGCCACUUCCUUGCUGGUGCCUAUCAUACAGGAAUCUGCCCAGAUUGCCGGCUUGCACCCGGCUCAGAGAAAGUUCAACAGCAUCCGAGAAGCUCCGACUUCGCCCUUUUGUGCCUCCAGAGAGAUUCCAGACUAGUUUCCCGCUUGACUUCUCCCUCCUGGCUCAGCCAAUGUCUUUCCAACCAGAAUAAGGUCCCCCAUCCUGGCACAAGGAAAGUUGUCCCCUGCGCGACUUGGUUUUCAACUCACCGUCACCCCCACCGGGCAUGAGACGGUGGACCGGCUGGAAUCCUAAAUAUCUGGGCCAAUUUUUAUCCAGGGCUUAGCAAAACACAACCUUUGCGGGGAGUCUCAUAGCAGAUUGGGGGGGUGGGGGGGACAGAUCUCUUCCUAAAUAAAAGAAGGAUUUAAGUCUUUCUUUCCCUCCCCUGAGAUUGUUAAGAAAGUGGGACUUAAACGCCCCGUUUGGACGAGCAGUAAUUCGGUUAAGCCCCGAGGAAAGGGAUGAUCGCAGCUUACCUUGUCUGGAAGGGCAGAGUAAUUCCUGCUCAGGCCAGGCCUCCUCCUGGGAAGCUCCUUGCUUAAAUUCCAAGGGAAAGAAAUCCUUUUCGGCCAUAUCUUGUCUGCUCUUCCCAGGCUGGCUUUAUUUCUUUAAUUCUUGGGAGUCCCCGGAAGCGUGGGCUGGCCUCUUCUCGUCUCUCCCCUUGUAUCUUGAGGAGCCCCUGAAAAAUCCCCCCCCACCCCCCAAAAAAGGAGACAGCGGGCGGCACCGCGGUGAAGGAAAAGAGAGUGCAAAUUUGAGAUGGUUAAGGUAGGUCUGGCACAUGGCGUCCCCAAACCUUGGCCGGCUUUAAGACUGGCGGACUUCAACUCCCAGAAUUCCCCAGCCGGCCAUGUCUGUUUCUUUUUCGCCUCUCCCUCAAAGAGGAGAGAUUGCAAGAGGAAGGGAUUGUAAGAAAAUAAGCUAUGUUGGCUGGGGAAUUCUGGGAGUUGAAGUCCCCCAGUCUUAAAGCUGGCCAAGUUUGGAGAUCUCAUAGACUAACAAGCUAGGAUUCUAUGGAAGAAGGCAGAAUUGGAACCCAGAACCUGCUUGGAACUGGUGUUUAACAACAGCUGGGGGGGGGGCUUCCCCACUCCUUUUCUAGGGGCUGCCUCCUGAGCGAACCCCCCCCAGGAGUGUCUAUUUAAAAUAUCCCUCCGUCCGUCCGUCUGCAACAAAAGACGAAAGAGUCGUGUUUGCUGUUUUUGAAGUCUGCUCCGCCUUGCCAUGUUCCUCCUCCCCUCUUCCACGGAGGCUCCGUGUUUGGAAGUUCCACUGUGGUUUUCCUGUGAGUUGUUUAGAUUUACAUUUAUGACUCGGUUCGGUCUCCGUCUCUGCUUUUUUUCCCCUCCUCCCCCCGCCCUUCCUCCUGCCUCUUCUCUGUGGAUUGUAUUCUGUAGGUCUUCCCGAGCAGAGAGAUCAUUAAAACCUUACGGAUACGGUGUG